UGUUAUUAUCUAUGACUGAAUUAAACGACGCUUUGAGCUGAGAACGACGGCGCAAAUUUUAAAAAUAAUUUCACUGCCGAAUGAAGAAAUAAAGAAGAAAGAAUUAAGUUUGUGGAGUGAGAAAUUCACGGGUGUAUAGAUGUUAAUUAAACUGACUGGUCACCGCAAGUUUUACUUAAAUAAUAAAGCAGCACAGAGCCGAAUGAAAUUUCCAUUUAUUUAACUGGAUUUCCAAAAAUAGCGUGGUGACCAUAGAAUUUAAAAAAUUACUUUAUUAAAUUAAGGAGUUAAGUGUGGUACCAGAAAUUUAACCAAUCGACGUAAAUUAAAUCGUGCCUGUAUACGAAAUUUUUCCGAAAACACGAAUACCGCUUUGAAUCGAUCGUAAGUGGGAAAGAGAGACAAAAACGAGCACUACAUAAAAAAGGAUCAUUUGACAAUGGCGACUUUCUACAUACAUGAAGAUGCGGAGAAGGAGAAUCCACAAAUUCCUACGGUAUUAAAGGAAAAAACCCUGGGUGCCGGCGGCAAUAGAGGGAAUCCCUUUCAGCCUUCUGUACUUGGAGGUGCCUUUCUGCCAGGUAAGGGCAAGCAGACUGACGGUAUGGGGCGCGCUAACAUGGCAGUUCUAAAUGCAAAUUCAAAUAACGGUCAUGGACGCAAGGCAGCUGGUGGUAUGGUGGGUAGCAAAGUGGCGUUUCGAGAGGUUGGGAAUGCAAAAAUACACAAUGAUAAUACCGCAAUAUUAGCAACAGCGGCAACUGCGCAUACAGCGGUUACACAAGAAGAAAAAGAAAAUAAUUAUAUAGUCCAGCAAAAUUGUCUUAACAAAAAUAACUUUAGUGAUGCUUCACAAAAAGGAAGGGUUUACGACGACGAUGAAUGCGCCUUUGAAUCUACGCCAAUGUCUGUGUCCGAAGUGCUGUCGCCGAUGUCCGUAGAUCGUUCCCUAGCUGAUAUUACUCAACAAUCCGAAGUGUUGGAGGAUAACAAUGACGACAGAAAAGUCGCUGAUUUAACUACCGAAGCGGAGGAACGAGAACGACGCCUCCUCAUUCCUUGUAAUAAUCGACAACGUUUCUAUGAGGUUGUGGAAUACCAAAGAAAUAUCUUGGAAUAUUUCCUUGAAAGUGAGAAGAAACGUCGACCUAAACCGUACUAUAUGCGUCGCCAGGCUGAUAUUAAUCAUUCAAUGCGCACAAUUCUCGUGGAUUGGCUGGUAGAAGUGUCCGAGGAGUACAAUUUGGAUACAGAAACUUUAUAUCUUUCCGUAUCGUAUAUUGACCGUUUCCUUAGUCAAAUGUCAGUAGUGCGCAGCAAAUUGCAGCUGGUUGGUACAGCAGCCAUGUUUAUUGCAUCCAAAUAUGAGGAAAUUUACCCACCAGAUGUCGGCGAAUUCGUGUUCAUUACAGAUGAUACCUACAACAAAGCACAAGUUUUACGAAUGGAACAGAUUAUUUUAAAAAUUUUAGCAUUUGACUUGUGCACACCGACGGCUUACGUGUUUGUCAACACUUAUGCUACGCUGCUAGACAUGACAGAUAGGCUCAAAUUUCUGACUCAAUAUAUUUGUGAGUUGUCACUUCUGGAAGCUGAUCCCUAUUUGCGUUUCGUACCGUCGUUGAUAUCUGCUGCUGCCCAUGCAUUGGCAAGACAUCUGUUGGAUUACACGGUUUGGACAGUUGAAUUGGAAGAAUUAACAACGUACUCUUUAGAAGACCUUAAAGAAGUACUCUUGCACCUCUGCAAAUCACAUAAUGGUGCUACAAAACUAGCGCAACAGGCCAUACAAGAAAAAUACAAGGCCGAUAAGUAUAAAAAGGUAUCAACAAUCAAACCUAUUGAACUGGAUGAAGAAGCAUUCGAAUUUAUUUUACGCAAAAACAAUGAAUUGAUUAGCAGGGAAGAAAUACACGAAAAGCCCGCAUCGGGGAUAAAUAACGAACAUAUACGGCGGACGGUCUCUCAGAUGUUCAAUUGAUCCAAAUCAGAUGAGAGGACACAUCUCAAUACCUACUUUAAAAGGGUUUUGUGUUUGUUGAGAAACGCUUAAUAGUCCUUGUUCAUAAUUUAUGUUUCCUUUUAUAUUUUUGUUUGUGUUAAGGGAUGGCUAAAUUUCGAAGUCAAGCAUAUUUUCUCACGUCGUAAAACUUUAAUUUGAAAACUAAACUUAUAUAUGGUUGAUGUAGUCUCAACACAAAAAUAUAAGGAAUUUAAAUGGUAAAAUACUUAAUUACUUAAAUAAAAUAAAUAAUUAAAUAAAAAAAUCCCUUGCAGUAAAAGUUAAGCUGUAAUACAUGAGUAUUAGUUCGGCUAAUAAAUGUUAUUUCAUAUUUAUUCUUUCAGAAAAUGUGAAAAAUAAGCAUGCAACUACGUCAAUCAUAUUUAUUUAUAAUUUACGCGAUAUGUAAACAAACUGACACAUUUGCUGUAGUAUAAUAAUUUAUCUAUUAUUUCUUUCUUUUCUUCUAUUUAUUAAAAACAAAACAAUUUUCAGUUGUUCCCGCCAAUCCUUAUCCGAAAUAUCAAAUGAAAUAGUUUGUUUUGAUUUUUAGCUGUAAAUUUUUAUUUUUAUUAUAUGUUGUUAUUUAUAUUUUUGUAUUUUUAUACGAUUUUACUUUCCUACAUAAUCACAAUUUUAAAAAUUCGCGAAGGAUUAGUAAUCCGCACUGGAUUAGUAAUCGGAUUUCGUAAACAAAAUAUGAGCUUAUUAGAUACUGUAAUGCAUAUACAAAAUUGCAAAUAUUUAUGUAAUGUCGCAAAGGAGAUAUGUCUACUAAGAUAAUAUACAUAUUUAAGAAUUCUGACAUACAGUAGUGCCCAGCUCUUUUGAAACAUUGAAUGCUUGUAAUAUGCGUUGAAUUUUUUCUAGAUUAUCCAUGAAUAAUCUCACUAGUAAAAAUUUGUUCGAGUUGGUCCAAUGUUGGCAAGCGAUUUGCAUAGGCUUGAUCUUUGAAAAUGUGGAGUAUACAGCUAUGGUAGUAUGAUUUUUCCACGAGGUUUUGUUAUGGCAUUUGGUACUUGGACACAACCGAUCGUGUAAUUAUUUUAUUAAAAUUAUUGGCUCUGUUUAGAAUAUUUUGUUUAUCAAAAAAUAAUAUUGUAAUAAACAAACCAACUGCACUAAGGCAUAUACAUGUAAUGCUAG